UGUUAAACCGACUGUGUAUAAUGUGGUCCGACGACAGUUUUUCUGGUGAAGAAGACGAAGGUUAUGACGAUGAUUUCGAGUACGCGGAUAACCUAAAAAAAUUAGCAAGGUUGAAGAGUAUGCGUGAAAAGGUCAAUUUGGAGAACGAACAUGAGCGAUUUGAAUUUCUUCGUCAAGUUUAUCCCUUAAUCAGCAAUUGGAAUUACGAACUUGAUCUCUCUGGUGUCCAAGACAUUUUUCAAAAAAAAGAAAUCGAGGAUCUUCUCGAAGAUGCCGUUAAAUAUGAAGAUGGAUCAACCCGUAUAUAUGUAGGAGGACAAUUUAUUGAUUUCAUUGCUCAGACCGGCUACAAGCACGAGCCCGACAUAGAUCAAGAUGGCAAGCCAAUUUUGUGUCAAACUACGCCAGUACAUCACGCCAUAGAAUUGUUCCCUUCCUGGGAUUUCGUGGUCGAUCAUCUUUUUGAAAUAUACGACAGAUACGAUGUGAAUUACACGAACGAUGACGGUCUGACUCAUUUUCAUGUGGCCUGCAAAUUCAACUGCUGUGGGGUCGUUCAAAAAUUCCUCGAGUUAGGGCAGAAUCCCAAUAUCGUCGUGGAAACAACAGGUAAUUCACCGCUACACAUGGCCUUGAAAUACGAGAGAAACGAAGUUGUCGAAUUGCUGUUGAAAAGUGGGGCCGAACCGAAUUUGGCCAAUAAGGAUGGAUCGACACCCUUGCAUAUUAUUUGCCAAAUUGACAGCAUUGAUGAUUUCCUAAUUGACGAAGAUAUUUACGAUUAUGGUGAAGAAUAUCGUCACUUGACGGAGCUGUUCUUCAAGAUAAACGACGAGAUGCAGCAGACCGUGCAGAUUGACGCCCGGGACAAGUGGGGCUGGACACCGUUGCAAUGGGCCGUGGCGAGUCUCAAGCCGGAUGUGUUCGACGUACUCUUGGAUCGUGGCGCUGAUCUGUCCAGUUUUGUUUUCCCCACUGAGGAUUACUUCGGCGAAUUUUGUACUCAGCGACACGAAGAAUCAUGGCCACAUUUUACAUUGAGAGUAGCGUCUAGUGUUCUGAUCACCGUGGAACGUCUCGAGAAAAGAGGAUACGUGCUGGAACGCAGCGACGCCCAGACGAUUUUACAAUUGUUGGUCGAGUACAAUUUUUUCGGAAGCUCGGGGGAUCUUAAAAAAUGGUGGUAUGACGAUUCGCGUUUCGUAAGAGGUGCUAAAAAAUUGAAAAUGAUGAAUCCGAAUCUGUCGCUCUACGACGUUAUCCAAUUACGACCCGAAGAGGCGGCGAAACAACUAACUUAUAAGGAUUACUUCAAGUUCGAUUACCAAGUGAGCGAUUGUGUGUGUAUGAUGUGGUACGAAGAAGAAACAAGAAAAAGUUCGUCGUCCGACGACGAAUUCGGUGAAAGUUAUGAUGACGAGGGCAGCGAUAGAAGCGACUAUGAUCCCGUCGAGCACAUAAAAUGUGUUAACCUAAAAAAAUUAGCAAGGUUGAAGAGUAUGCGCGAAAAGGUCAAUUUGAAGAACGAAGAUGAGCGAUUUCCAUUUCUCAGAAAACUUUUUUCCUUGGCGAAACAUUGGAAGGGCAAACGUCCUGAUCUUCGAGACAUAUUUCAAAACGAAGAAAUCGAGGCUCUUCUCGAAGAUGCCGUUCAGUAUGAAGAUGGAUGGGUCGACAGAUAUAAAGGAGCACUAUUCAUUCGUUUCGUUGCUGAGACCGGCUACAAACACGAGCCAUACUUUAAUAAAUACGGCGAUCCAUUUUUGCGUAUCACUACGCCAGUGCAUCUCGCUAUGGAUGUUGGCCCUACCGAGAAUGACACGGUCAAUAAUCUUUUUCAAAUAUACGACAGAUACGAUGUGAAUUACACAAACGUUGACGGUCUGACUCACUUUCAUGUGGCCUGCAAAUUCAACUGCUGUGGAGUCGUUAAAAAAUUCCUCGAUUUAGGGCAGAAUCCCAAUAUCGUCGUGCCAAAAACAGGUGCUUCACCGCUUCACUUGGCUCUGAACGACGGACACAAAAAGGUGGUCGAAUUGCUGUUAAAAAAUGUAGCCGAUCCGAAUUGGGCCGAUAAGUAUGGAUCGACACCUUUGCAUUUUAUUUGCAAAAUUAACAACAUUGAUCAUACAUUUAUUGACGAAGAUACUUACGAAUGUGUUGACGAAUAUCGUGACUUCGUGGAGCUGUUCUUCAAGAUAAAUAACGAGAUACAGCAAACUGUGAAAAUCGACGCCCGGGACAAGUGGGGCAGGACGCCGUUGCAAUGGGCCGUGGCGAGUCUCAAGCCGGAUGUGUUCGACGUACUCUUGGAUCGUGGCGCUGAUCUGUCCAGUUUUGUUUUCCCCACUGAGGAUUACUUCGGCGAAUUUUGUACUCAGCGACACGAAGAAUCAUGGCCACAUUUUACAUUGAGAGUAGCGUCUAGUGUUCUGAUCACCGUGGAACGUCUCGAGAAAAGAGGAUACGUGCUGAAACAAAGCGACGCCCAGACGAUUUUACAAUUGUUCGUCGAGUACAAUUUUUUCGGAAGGUCGGGGGAUCUCAAAAAAUGGUGGUAUGACGAUUCGCGUUUUGUAAGAGGUGCUAAAAAAUUGAAAAUGAUGAAUCCGAAUCUGUCGCUCUACGACGUUAUCCAAUUACGACCCGAAGAGGCGGCGAAACAACUAACAUAUAAGGACUACUUCAAGUUCAAUUACGCAAAUAGAUGCUGCUAUCCUUACGGAGUUCGUUGUUCUUACCAUCCGCUCGAAAUAAUGCUGAGAAAAUUUUGCCGACGAUGGACACUGGAACCGUUUAUGGAGCUGACCCGCCAUCGACUGCCAAUUCUCUGCUGUGAAAUGAUCUUGGACCAGCUAAUGAAUCGAGAUUUAUGUAACGUUUGCUUGGCAACAGACAGCAGAUAUUUCAUCCGUUUGCGUAUAAUGUGGUGGUCCGAAGAAAAUUCAUUUUCGCAGUUACCUUCCUCGUCGCGGUCUGAAAACGACGCUUUCUAUAUUGAAGAAGGCGAAAUUGCCUACUAUGAUUUCCGGCCAACGGAUUAUCAAAAAAAAUUGGAAAUUUUGAAGAUUGCGCGUGAAAAGGUCAAUUUGUGUAACUCAAUAGAGCGAUCAGUAUUUCUUCGCGAACUUUAUCCCUUACUCAAUCAUUGGAAUUACGAACUCCCUGAUCUUCGAGACAUUUUUCAAAAAGAAGAAAUCGAGGAUCUUCUCAUAGAUGCCGUUAGAAAUAAUGAAUACAAAGGAGACCAAUUUAUUCAUUUCGUUGCUAGCACUGAUUACAAGCACGAGCCCGACCUAGAUCAAAAUGGCAAACCGCUGCUAAAGCACACUACUGCACUGCAUCACGCUAAAUAUUCGAUCCGUAAAUGUGAUCACCCCUACUCGUAUAUCAAAGUCAGUAAUCUUUUUAAAAUAUACGACAGAUACGACGUCAAUUACACCGAUGAAUUUGGAUUAACGCAUUUCCAUGUGGCCUGCAAGUUCAACUGUUUAGAUGUCGUCGAGAAAUUCCUCGAACUUGGACAAGAUCCCAACUGCCUCGACACAAUAACAGGUGAUUCGCCCCUGCACUUGGCUGUGAACGCCGGACACAAAAAGGUGGUCGAAUUGCUGCUAAAAAAUGGAGCCGAUCCGAAUUUGGCCGAUAUGUCUGGAUCGACACCUUUGCAUAUUAUUUGCAAAAGUGAUGAUUAUUACCAAGUGAAUGUCGAAGAUUGUAACGAAGGUAAUAAUGAAUAUCGAAAGUUAGCGGAGCUGUUCUUCAAGAUAAACGACGAGAUGCAGCAGACCGUGCAGGUUGAUGCCCGGGACAAGAAAGGCCGGACACCUCUUCAAAGGGCUGUAGCGCAUCUCAAGCCGGAACUAGUCGACUUACUCUUGGAUCGUGGCGCUGAUCUGUCCAGUCUCGUUUUCAAGGAAUCAUCGAUAUAUUUUAAAUUGAGAGUAGCGUGUGACACUCUGGAUGUCGUUGAACGUCUCAAAAAAAGAGGAUACGAGCUGGAACGAAAUGAGGCCCAGACGAUCAUGGCAGACUUCGUUGAUCAUGAUAUACUCGAGAAGUCGGAGGAUCUUGGAAAAUGUUGGCACAAGGACGAAAGGUUCACAUGGUUGACGAAAAUAAUAAUGAUUAAACCGAAUCUGUCACUCUACGACGUUAUCCGAUUGCGACCCGAAGAGGCGGCGAAACUACUCACAUACAAAGAUUACUUCAAGUUCCAGUACGUAGAUGAACGUCGGUACAUUCCGGUCUGUGAAUUUCACCCGCUCGAGAUAAUGCUGAGAAGAUUUUGCCGACGAUGGGCACUGGAGCCAUUUAUGGAGCUGACCCGCCAUCGUCUGCCAAUUCUUUGCUGUGAAAUGAUCUUGGACCAGCUAAUGAAUCGAGAUUUAUGUAACGUUUGCUUGGCAACAGACACCAGAUAUUUCAUGUAAUUCAAAUAAAUAUAAUUAAAAAAAUUGAA